AUGCCACCAAAAGUGCUUACACUGGCUAGAAACGGUUGCGAUCAGUACGGUUCACCUUGCACUGUACUGCUGUCGACGGCUCGUCGACGACCGAUCAUUGCUCCUGUAGGCAAUAUCACGGAAACACCAUUAUUCUUCAAUGUGGCCAGUGAACGGAAAUGUGUUGCGAAUGCUACCGAGUUGGGUUUCGAUCCCGACAGCACAUGCCUCCCCAAUGAAAAGUGCAUCAACGGUGAAUGCAGAAUGAAACUUUGGCCAGGCGAAUACGGAUGCAGUACUGACGAAGAGUGCACAUCUCGUUGUGCUAAUACAUACUGUGAAAGGAUGAAAAGUGACAAAAACGUUGCACAGUGCCAGUGCCGUGACGGACAAUUGCUGUAUGGACGAUGCUUCUCACAAUGUCCAUCCGGUUUCCACGAAUCAGGAGCAUACUGUAUGCAUGAUGAUGAAGAUUCCUUCUGGGCAGACGGUGAUGCUCAGGAUCGUUUGAAGGCGUUACUGAAUGCUGGACAAUGCUAA